UAACAAAUUUCACGUCAUCCCUGCAAACACGCACUAACAAAUCAAGACCCGCCCCAAACCAACCUCCGACAUCAUCAGCCACCAUCUUUUUUAUAAGCUGCAGUUCUCUAACAAUCGAAUCAUAAUGUCGGGCGGUGUUAAGAGAGAUCGCGACGGCAAUGCUCGUGUGAAGAAUGCGGGCCCGCCGAAGCAGGCUGGGCCGAGGGGGAGGUUUCAUGAUAUGUUUGAAGGGUUUCGUGAUGAGCUUGAUGAGCAUCAUGAUCGACGGGAGAGGAUUGUGAAGGCAUCGCGAGAUGUCACUGCCCAGAGUAAGAAGAUUAUCUUUGCGCUUCAGAGAGUCAAGCAUCUCAACAAAGACUUCCCUCAUCACAUCCAGCAAGACAUGGAUACACGUCUCGAAGAAAUUUCCAAACUCCUCAAGGGAAUCGCACCAGAUGUUCAGAAUGUCAACCGCUAUCGCUACACCUUUUCCCUCCGCUGUCUCGAAGAAUUCGUCGAGGCUCUCUCUUUCGCUCACUACCUCCGCCACCAAACUCUCAUCACACCCGCACAAGCACAAGCUGCUAUGCCCAGCGAUAUAGCCCUCACGCCAAAUGACUACAUGUUCGGUAUCUUCGAUCUAUUUGGUGAGAUGAUGCGCUUUGCAACUGUUACAACAGCUCAGAAUGGUGAAUUGGCUGGUGAUGGAGGACGAAAUAUCAUGAGUGAUAUUCAAGAGCUUGGGUGUGAAUUUGAGAUCCUGCCUGAUGUGCCGACGAAGGAUUGGAGAGGAAAGAUGGCCGUGAUGAGGCAGAGCGUCAAAAAGGUUGAGAGGUUGGGGUAUGGACUUGUGGUGAGAGGGAGUGAGAGGCCAAAAGGUUGGGUGCCGGAUAUGAAGGAUGAUGCUCCUGAGCCUGCGUCGCCAUGAACAUUCAACUUCAGCUCAUAAUGUAAGGAAACCGGGCGUUGGCUGUUGUCGGGAUAUGAUAUGCUACGUGGUUGAGUUGCUAGAGCUGGCUGCUCUGAUAUCAU